AUGAUUUUGAUAGAGACUUUGAGGUUAUAAACAAUGACAGCAAACAUAAAAUAGUCUCAUACACACAUAGGUAUAUAUCAGUAUAUAUGGUUUGUGAUAUUCGAGGUGACCCGCAUUGAUGCAUUGAUACACUUGGAGAUGAGCGUUUGCGACGUACCUUUGUGCACCAGUGUAUCAAUUGGAGUGUCGAACGGCGCAAUGAGUGCCUCCAAAGGAGUAUCUCGUUCUAGCAAUGUUAAUGAAACCAGGGAUAGACUGCGAAUCCGUUUGCACCAGAGAAAGCUUCAUGCAUCCACUGCUCAGAAGAGCAUUGAGAAAUACCCUUUUAAUCCUGACAUCACAUACAGUGUCCAGAGUGGCCCAUUGGCCAAACCAAAAACAGAAAAGGCUGAGAAUCUCCAGCCUAAAGUGGUGAAGACAAGCACAAAUACUCCCCUCCUCCUAGAAGACAACUUAAAAAUUACUAAAAUGAUGAAAAACCUUGAUAUCUGUAUGCCAAAAGUUAAGACAACCACCAAGAAAGGUGAAACAAAAGAGCAAACGGUUGAUACAAAGGUUCAGAAGGAUAAAGAGAAUAACUCCAAUAUUCAGCAAGUGGCUACAGCACCUCCAGCUUCAAAUCAACAGCAUAAUAUAUACAAAACUGAUAUUGAUGAGUUGAUUAAGUUCAUUGAAGGAAAGGACUACGAGAUUGCACAGAAGAAGGCAGCCAAAAAGGCUAGACAGAAGGAAAAGAAGGAUGAGGAGAAUCGCAAGCGUAAAGCUGAAGAAGAUAGGAAACGCAAGGCGGAGCUUUUACGUCUUUUGGAAGAGAAACGCAAGGAGGAGGAACGUCUUAAAGCAGAACAGGCUGCAAAAGAUGCCGCCAUCAAAAAGGCCAACAAGAAGAAGCUUCAGCAACAACUAAAACAGCAGCAGCAGCAACAGGCUAAGAAACAUGAAUCUAAAACCAAGAAAAAGAAGAAGUCUGUGCCGGUGGCCCCUCCAGAACCGGAACUCCUCGAGGAAACCAUCCCUGCUAUGGUUACAAUCAAGAGGAUUGUGGAGAACAACAAUUGCCCUCCUACAGUGACCAUCACCCUGAAGGGAUCUACUCCAGAUCAGGACAAGCUGCUUUACACUUUGGUGAAUGGUCACAACAAUCGUAAUGCAGAAAAAACAGUAGAGCCUCCAGUUCCGAAGAAGGAUGAAUCAAAGACGGCUUCGUCGAAGAAGAAGAAGAAGAAAAAGAAGAAGGAAGCCGAGAAGGCUAAGACGAUGUUACAAACGAAGUCUACCGAGAAGGAGGAAACCGUGACUAUGAGCGAAAUGAAGGUGACGCUCUCCGUGGACAGGAGUUUCCGGAAGGAAUUAGAGGCCAAGGGAAUACACAAAGUCGAGACGACCAAACGCACCAUCAUCCAGGAGGUGCCGAAACUCAGCUGCGACAAAUCCAAGAUGAGAGAGACUUUGAUCGAUAUACCGUCUCUGAAGUUACCACCGGGAAUCACAAUAACCAAAGUCAACGGUCCGCUAGCAGCAAGAAAAACUCCAAAUGUGCAAUCAACAGCGGAAUAUAACGGCGUUCCAGUAAGCAAGUCCGGAGUAAUCGUUGUCGACACCGAAAAACUAAUCCAACAGUCGAGCGGAAAGAAGACCAAGAAGAAGAAGAAGAAGUCCCAGGAGCAGCAGCAGCAGCAAAUGCGACAGGAUAAUUGCAACAACCGAUGUAAUCGCAGGAACGAGCCCAUUGACGAAGCGGACAUGGUGACUUUGAAGAAUCCUAUUUUUCAAAAGCUACAGAAUAAAAUCGUGAACAAACCGCCGGACGCUGUCCCGCCAAUAAUCGACAUGAACGAGCAGGCAACGAUCUCGAAGGGCGCAAACGGUAUGGUGACAAUUCGCAGGCCUCGGCCGAUGACCCUUCAAAAUGAAUCUCCCAUUUCGGAUUUUUUAAAACCGGUUAUACAUUCGAGCGGUAUUGAAACAAAAUCAACCCUGUCGGAUGAUCGUAAGAUCAUCCGUCCGCCAAGCCCUAGGGCUACUCACGCGACCAACCACUAUGAUUAUGAAUUGAGUCGACUCAGCGCCCAAAACAUUCUCUGGGGCCUACCGGGUAUUCAAAUCACUAAAGUAAAUAAAAAUGGUAAUUUCACUGAGUUUACCGAUCAUUCUGAGCAAGCUGCUGACGUUUCUAUUAUUCGUACCGGAGGGUUUAAUUUAGAUAAAGAUGAUUGGCCCUACGACAGUGUUUUCACACCCAAAGAUAUUUUAGAAGAUGACUUAGAUGCCUAUGAGCGCGAGCUCGAGGCUUUCAAACGUUUUUGCCAACAGUCUGUACCUCCGAAACGUAAAGAGAAAGUUGCUCAUUUACAUGUUAAUGAUAUUGUACUCAUGAAGAAAGAAAUUUCAAGUAACACACUCUUAAAUUAAUAUCUAUUAAAUGUUGCAUUUGAUGUUAAAAAAUAUA